AUGGGUUUCAAACAGAGUUCGGCCGACCCAUGUCUGUACACACGGGAGUGGAAAGGUAAAAAGGUAUACAUAUUGCUAUACGUGGAUGAUAUUGUAGUUGGGUGCGAAGACGAAUAUUUGAUUGACCAAGUGUAUGUCGAAUUGAAAAAGUAUUUCGAUGUAACUUGCUUGGGAAACCUAAAAUAUUUUCUCGGGCUUGAGGUGGACUGUAUUGACGGAAAUUACAGUGUGUGUCUGUCGGGAUACAUCAAGCGAACUGCUCAAAGAAUUGGUUUAGGAGAAUGCAAGCCGGCACGCACGCCAAUGGAUGAAUGCUAUGCUCGUGGCGAAGUGGAGAGUUCUCCGUUAACUAAUAAUUCCGACUACCGAAGCCUAGUAGGAGCAUUGCUCUACAUAUCAGUUCAUGCAAGACCAGAUGUAGCAUAUGCAACCUCAGUAUUGGGCCGCAAAGUUACUCAACCAACCGAAGCCGACUGGGUGGCUGCCAAACGAGUGGUCAGAUAUUUGCAAGGCACCGUGAACAAGAAGUUGUAUUUCAACGGAUCUAUUUUAGAGCUGACAGGCUACACAGAUGCAGACUGGGCAGGCGACUGUAAAUCCAGAAAAUCGACGUCCGGCUAUGUUUUCUUGUUCGGAGGAGCUGCAGUAUCAUGGAAAAGCACAAAACAGAAUUCGGUAUCACUCUCAUCAAUGGAGUCUGAAUACGUUGCAUUAUGUGAUGCGGCUCAGGAGACGAUCUGGCUAAGGCGGGUGCUACAAGACAUCGGCGUGAAACAAGAAGACCCUACAACAUUAUACGAGGAUAAUCAGUCUUGUAUAGCAUUCGCAAAAUCCGAACGAACGACAAGACGUUCAAAGCAUAUUGAGACAAAGCAAAUGUUCGUACAGGAUCUUUGUCGUAAGGAUGUGAUAAGGUUGCAGUACUUAUGUUCCGAGGAUAUGGUUGCUGAUGCAUUGACUAAGCCCCUUGGAACGAUUAAAACCAACGUGUUUGCUGAGAAUAUGGCACCCGCUUGA